AUGGUUAGCGGUUAUGUGUCAGCCAAGAUGAAGAAGCGAGCCCCGACAAUGGUGACCAUGUUGUUACUGGCCCUCCCCUCUCUCUGGGUUUAUAGUGGGUUUUUCAUUGGGGGUCCUGCCAACCUUAUCAGUUCUGCCAUCUCGGCUGACCUUGGGCGACAGGACCUGAUCAAGGGCAACAGCGAAGCCCUGUCCACGGUCAUUGGCAUCGUGGACGGGACAGGCAGUGUGGGGGCGUCUGUAGGACAGAUCGUGGUUCCUUUACUUCACAAACAGCAGCACUUGGACUGGCAAUGGGUCUUCUACUUCUUCAUGCUGAUGACGUUGAUGUCUACAGUGUGUAUCCUGCCCUUGCUGGUCAGAGAGGUACGCAGCAUGAAGUGUUUCCGGAGCUACCAGCUGAGACGACAGGACACUCAGAGGACAGAAAGGCUGCGCAUGUACUCUCUAAACAGUUGAACCUGGCUGUCUCUAAAGGAAAGAACAAUUGGUGCAAUUUCAAGGAGCCGUCCUAUACUGAAAAAUAAUGUCAUUGUUUAUGCAUCAUUUCCAUUAGCCAAUUUUGCAGUUUAGGGAAAGUAGAAGAUGAAGUACAUUUUACUAUUGAUUGUACUUUGUAUGAUAGCGAUAGGAGCAUUUUAUUUGACUAUGUG